AUGCCUCCCACCUGCCAACUCGACGUUGCAAGCCUCGUACAAUUCUACCGUUUUCAUUCUUCUCUUGCCAGCAUGAUUUUUAUUUUAGCUCUUGUAUACUGCUUGGUCGCUCGGCAUCUUGACUUUUUUUCGAAACUGCCGACGACGCUUUACACAGCAGCAACAUCGGCAGCCGAUGUUGUUAAUGCUGUUGCUGUUGCUGUUGCUAUUGCUGUUGCUGUUGCUGUUACUGUUAAAAAGAGCUUUUUUAGCGCCUUCACUUUCGGCGGAGCCCAACAAUCAAAAAGAGACUAUUCAGCUUUUCGCUCUCUUUCCGCUUACAUGGCAACCGGAGUUUCGAUGCUGCCAGAAGUCACGGGAGCCAAAGCCGAGCCCCCUGCCUGA